AUGGAGUUAGCUGUCAGUCCACAACGAUUUUCGGCGUUCGCUAUUACCACCUGCGACACUGCAGCUGUCGAGUUUACUAUCGAAGCUAUUAGGUUUUGUGCAAGCACGGUUAUUAGUAUCUUGACUCAACGCGAGGGUGAUCUGAUCGACUUAACUGAUCCUGUUGCGGCUCAACCCUUCCUCCCUCUGGUGUGGGCCACCGCAAUCUCCAUGCGUGCUGAAAAGGACGGCUACAUCCGCAAUCCCCACGCUCUCGUCAAUCUAAUUCAGUGUGCUGUGCUGCCCCACCGUCUGCAACCACCAGGUGACAACCUGCCACGACAGUGGCGAGUAAGAAUUGGGGAGGAGGAGGGGGAGGAGGAGGAGAAGGACACUGAUCACACUGAUGACGCUAGUGGUGGUGGCGGUGGGGGUGGUGGUGGUGGUGGUGAAGGGGUGAUCAAUGGCUUUCGUGAGUCGUUGCUGAAGCUCUUCCUCAUGGACAAAGUCUGUGUUCCAUUGGUCUACACACAGGUGAGUAGUGAGUUGGUGUUCGUGUUGAUGCUGGUGCUGUCACUGGUUGGUGUCUUCUCGUUCCCAACUCCGCCACCAUUUGGUGAGUGA